CAGCCAACUCAUGGAGAGAGAGAGAGAGAGAGAGAGAGAGAGAGAGAGAGAGAGAGAGAGAGAGAGAGAGAGGCGCCUAUAGGUUUCCUACACUUCUUCCUUUGACAGCAGAAGAUAAUAUAGUUGAAUAGAGAUAUUAUUCAGUACCAACACAGUGUGAUCAUGCAGUACCAACACAGUGCGCCUUCAGCCAUGGGUGUUCCUCUUUACGCGCCGACCCCUAUCCAGCCCGUCCACCCAACUCCUUUCUACAUCGAAGACAUCCUGGGGAGAAAUGAGACCCUGACCCAGUCUUCAGUGGUGGUCUCCACGCCAAAUCUACCGUCACCCAAUUCAUCCUUCACCAGUUUGGUCUCUCCGUACCGGACCCCCAUCUAUGAACCGACACCGAUCCACCCUGCGUUCUCUCACCACGCUGCGCUCACCGCCACGUAUGCCUCCGGGGCUUUCGCUAAUUCCCUGUAUCCAUUCCAGCGGUCUGUGGACUAUACUCUGAUCAGGCACGACCCGCUUGGGAAACAACUUCUAUGGAGCCCGUUCAUUCAGCGUCCACUGCACAAGAGAAAAGGUGGACAAGUCCGAUUCUCCAACGACCAGACAAUAGAGCUGGAAAAGAAGUUUGAGACGCAGAAAUACCUUUCACCACCCGAACGAAAACGACUGGCUAAAAUGUUGCAACUGAGUGAACGACAGGUGAAGACGUGGUUCCAAAAUCGAAGAGCCAAGUGGAGGCGACUGAAGCAGGAGAACCCUACCGGAAGUAAGACAGAUCUGGAGGACGAUAGCACCGGGAGAAACUGCGAGGAGGGACCGGAGUCCGGUGUGAGCCUCAGUCCGGGCCGGGACCAGAGGUGUAGGGCUACAGAGAUGACGCACACUCACAGUCGGUUGCAGUGUUCCACGUCGCCUCUGUCACAAGGACAAAUAGAGUCCGACGUUUCAGAUGAUACAGACCAAGAGCUGGACAUAGAGGAUGACAUGGAGUUCCCACUGAAUCCACCGAUAUGAA